AUGAGUCGCAGCCCGGAAAGGAUGUCCUCGUACCGCCGCCGGUUUGAGGACUGCAGCGCCAGCAGCGCCUCGUACCGUGUGCGGGUGUCCAGCCCGUCGCCGCCUCACCGCCCAGUGCGGCCACGCUCCACCAGUUGUUGCCGCACCUCUGACACAAUGGUACCAGGAGGUGGGAUACAGGCGGGCAGUCGGACCGUCUCGGAACUUCUUGGACGUCGCAUUACAAGCAUGAGCACAAUGUACCUGGCAGCGGGGACAGGAUCUUCCCUGGAUCUGGACGCCGCCACUGCAGCAAAUCAAGAAUUUAUGAACACGAGAACCAACGAGAGGAAGGAGAUGAUUACUCUGAAUGACAGGCUGGCUGCUUACAUCGAGAAAGUGCGGAACCUGGAACAGGACAACCGGAUUCUGGAAACAGAGGUGAAGACUCUGAAGAGUCAGUGUCUACACCCACAAGGCCUGAGGGUUCUGUAUGAGGAAGAGCUCUGUGAUCUGCACCAUUUAGCUGAUCAGAUGAAAGCUCAGAGGGAUAUAGCAAUUGCUGAGAGGAAUGCUAUGACAGGACAACUGGAGACCAUGAAGAUCAAAUAUGAAGAAACUGUCGUGGCUCGGAAGAAGGCAGAACAUGAAAUUGAAACAUUCCACCCAGAUGUUGAUGCUGCCACAACAGCAUGUAUGGACCUUGAAAAGCAGCUGGAGAACCUUGAAGCUGAACUUGAAUUUCUAAAAAGAGUGCACAAGGAGGAAAUUGAAGAACUAACAAAACAGAUCUAUAGCAUUUUUGCCAGUGUUGAUGUCAGCUAUACAAUUCCAGACUUGGCUGCUACACUUAAAGAUAUUCAACUUCAGUAUGAAGAAAUGUCAGCAAAGAAUCUGGAGGAAAUGGAUGAAUGGUAUAAAAGCAAUUUUUUUGAUCUGAAUCAAACAUCUGCCAAACACAUAGAAAAUAUGCGAAGUACAAGAGAACAGGUCGCAGAAUAUAAGAAAAAUUUUCAAAGCAGUCGGAUGGAAUUGGAUGCGCUGAAGGCCAGAAGGGCAGUACUGGAGGCUCAGAAAAAAGAGGCUGCAAAUAAAUAUAACAAAGAGAUUGAAGAGUAUGAGAACAAAACUGAGAGCUUACAACAAGAAUUGGAUGCCAUCAAGGAAAAGAUUACCCUGCAUUUACGUGAAUAUCAAGACUUGCUCAACAUUAAGAUGGCUCUGGACGUUGAAAUUACAACGUACAGGAAGUUAAUUGAAGGAGAGGAUUCUCGUCUGUCAACGGUGAUGGGUGGAUUUUGUGCACUGGAGCAAGGAAACCUCAGUGCCACUGACAGCAUAUCUAAGGAGCAGGCUGCUAAGAUGACUGAAAGGAAAACUAUACUUAUCAGAACAGUUAAAACCGAUGAAGACAUAUUGCAAAAAGACAUGCAAGAGAGAACCGUUACAAUCUCUGGUGCUGCAGAUUACAGCGAUGAAGAAUAA